AUGCUAUGGUUAUCUGUUCUAAUUUCUACGGUUGUAUCCUGGCCACUCCCACGAAAUCUGUGUAUUUCAUCCAUUGGAUUACGGAAUACCUCAAAACCAACAACUAUUGUUGGCACUGGUACAUCUGCCUCAUGUAACCAAAGUGCAUUGUCUGCUGCUCUUCUCAAAGGUGGCAUUAUUACAUUUAAUUGCGGUAGUUCACCAAACAUAACAAUUAAUGUUAAUACCACUUUGCAAGUAUCGAAAGUCAACGAUACAGUCAUUGAUGGAGCAGGUAUUGUGACAUUGAAUGGAUUAGGAAAAACUCGCAUAAUGAAUUUCGAUCGUGGUGAUUUUCGAUAUUCAACACCAACAUUAACUAUUCAACGUCUUCGAUUUAUCAAUGGUCGUUGUCAAGAUGUUGAUGGUGGAUGUGCUAUUUUACAGAAAAAUGGAGGAACUACAAUUAUCAAUAGUUGUAGCUUCGAGAACAAUAUUGGUCCUGUAGUUGGUCAAGAUGUGGCAGGUGGUGCUGUAUGGACUAUAGGUGGAGGUACUACUGUGAUUGUCGGAAGCGUUUUUCUUAACAAUAAAUGCUCAAAUGGCGGAGCACUUGGUAUUCUUGGUAGUGGAUUAACUAUAUACAAUAGUCAUUUUGAGACAAAUCAAGCUACUGGUAAUGGUGGAAAUCCUGGAAAUGGUGGUAAUGGUGGCGCAAUAAGUUUCGAUGGAUUAGGACGAAAUAACACAAUUUGUGGAACAAGAUUUACUAGAAAUCAAGGCAAUAAAUACGGUGGUGCAUUCUUUCGUGUAUCUUAUAAUGGAAGUGAACAAAACAUAUUCGAUACCGUAUUAAUCGAUAAUAACUUCAUUUCGAAAAAUACAAGUGGUUUAGCUGGUGGACUGUAUAUUCAAGGUGGUAUUGUAUCGAUUCGUAAUGGUACCAUUGCAAAUAAUUCUGCAGACGGAGCUGGUGGAAUCUUUUUCGCCAAUGAUAAAAUAGUUACAUUGAAUGGGGUAAAUCUGUUAAAUAAUACAGCAUAUACAGGUCUUGGUGCGGGAGUUUUUUGUUCAAGUCCAGUAUCAGGAUCAUUCACUGGUCUAACUGUAGCCAAUAACUUUGCUGGUGCUUUUGGUGCAGCAUUUGCCUUUUGCACCACAACAAUCACACUUUCGAAUUCAAUCAUUGCUAAUAACAGAGUAGGAAAUCCAUGGCCAGCAAAUGCAUGUACAAGUAUGAUGAAUGGUAGUACAGGAGUAGUUCAGUCACCAAUAAACAAACAAAGUCCUGCUACAGGAGAAGAUGCUCCAUGUAUAAAUGGAACAAUUACAAAGUUAAACAAUGUUUCAAUUACACUAAACACGGCGACAUGGAAAAUUCAAAGCAAUAGGGUACCACCAGCAUACCUAGGUCCAAUGAUCAUUCCUGGUUUAUAG